UUUAAAGUUGAGUUGCCGCCACAGGUUGCCGCUCUUGUUUACCUGUACUUUUUUAUGUUUGAUCUUUGAUGUAUUAACCGUCUCCACCGAACUACCCCACCACACAAUAGCUCUUAAUUUUAAAGUGUGAAAGACAGUUUAAACUACUCAAAGUAUAUUUUAACCAGUCUUCAAAUAACAUAUAAUGUUGUGGGCAGAUAAAUAUCGACCAAAAGAGCUGUCUUCUCUCGAUUAUCAUAAAGACCAAGCACUCAACUUGAAAAAUUUAACAAAAGAUGGUGACUUUCCACAUCUAUUGAUCUACGGACCUGUGGGAGCUGGCAAAAAAACCCGCAUAAUGUGCCUUCUUCGUGAACUCUAUGGCCCUGGAAUUGAUCGUGUAAAAGUGGAAACCAUGAACUUCACAACACCCUCAAACAAGAAGAUAGACAUUAGUACUAUAAGUAGUAACUACCACAUUGAGCUGAGCCCCUCAGAUGUAGGUAUCAAUGAUCGAGUUGUUAUUAUGGAUGUUAUUAAGAAUGUAGCACAAACACAACAACUCAAUGCAAACGCUCAAAGAGAAUUUAAAGUUAUUUUAUUAACAGAUGUUGAUAAUUUAACUAAAGAUGCCCAGCAUGCUUUACGUAGAACCAUGGAAAAGUACAUAGCAAACUGUCGAAUAAUUCUUUGCACAACAUCCAUUUCACGAGUAAUUCCCGCUAUUCGAUCAAGAUGUUUAUGUAUUAGAGUUCCAGCACCAUCUACUGAAGAGAUUGUCACAAUUUUAACCAACGUUUGUACAAAGGAAUCACUUACUUUGCCUGAAGAGAUUUCACGUGAAGUUGCAACUAAAUGCAAUCGAAAUUUGAGAAGAGCACUACUGAUGUGUGAAGCCUGUAAAGUGGAAAAACAACUUGUACUUCCGAAACAACAUGUUGUAGAACCUGAUUGGCUACUUUUUAUUAAAAAUAUAGCGCAAAAGAUGGUGAAGGAACAAAGUUUAACAACAUUAGUGAAGUUGAGGGAAAAUUUAUAUGAGCUGAUUGUUUUUGGAAUCCCUUCAGAAAUUAUUUUUUGUGCACUUUUAAAGGAGUUGUUAAAAAAUUGUGAUUUGGACUUGGCUGCAUUAAUUGUUGAGCAAGCUGCGUUAUAUGAGCAUCGGCUAGCACAGGGAAAUAAAGAAAUUUUUCAUUUAGAGGCAUUUGUGGCAAAGUGCAUGUGCCUGUACCAAAACAUGAUGCAAGAACUUCUUGCUUGUGAUUUCUAAGAUUGUAAGAUGUAACAUUUAUGAAUAAAUAGAAUAUUUA